AUGGCAUCUAUAGAAGAAAAGGCGGCGGCGGAGCCAGUAGAGAAAGUGGCUGAGCCACUAUCAUCAGAUGCACCACCGGUAGUAUCGUCGGAGGAGGCGGCGCCGCCUCCAGAAGUGAAGUCUCCGGAGGCUCCUCCGGCGGACUACUUUUUGAUGGGGGAUGUGAUCCUUAGGGUUUUGCUUUUUGCUUCAUCAGUUGCUGCAGUGGUGGUUAUAGUCACCAGCAACCAGACGGCACUUGUUUCUGCACCGGUUCCUCCUUUUCCAAAACUACUUCAGACCGCCAAGUUUCAGAAUUCCCCGGCUCUCAUAUACUUUGUGACAGCACUAUCAUUGGCGGGGUUAUACAGCAUAAUAUCAACAAUUGGAACAACUAUUGCCAUAUUAAAGCCCUCCUCAUCAACCAAACUAAUCAUUCCUCAUCUAGUUAUCUUUGAUGUGCUGCUGCUGGGAGCUGUCGCAGCCGCAACAGGAAGUGCAGGGGCGGUGGGAUACAUCGGCUGGAAAGGAAACUCCCAUACCGGAUGGACACAAGUGUGCGAUCCAUUCACCACUUUCUGCAAACACAUCGCGGUCGCCAUUUCCAUUUCUCUUUUCGCUUCUGUCAUUCUCACAAUUCUUGUUCUCCUUUCUCUCUAUUCCAUCUCGAAGAAGGUCCCCAAAUAG